GGGUCCCAGAAGGGGCUGCGACGAGGUUGGAGGGCGGAAUCUCUACUGAGAGGCCGCCACUGAUUAUGCGCGGCGGGUCCCUGUUCCCCACUUCCGCUCUCAAGCUCCCUUACAGGCCGGUUUCCGGUCGGAGUGUCGGGAGAGUUACAACUGCCUACCAGACGGACGGCGACGUGCAGGAACGCGCGUCCAAAUUCUCGUGUUCCACCUGUUGCUCGAGACUCUCAAAGAUGUCAACUCAAGGCCAUACUUGGGCCCGACAGGUGAAGAAGGAGGAUGAGGAAGAGGAUCCGCUGGACCAGCUGAUUUCCCGCUCUGGUUGUGCUGCUUCCCACUAUGCAGUACAGGAGUGCAUGGCCCAACACCAGGACUGGCGACAGUGUCAGCCACAGGUACAGGCCUUCAGGGACUGCAUGAGUGAACAUCAGGCAAGGCGGCGGGAGGAGCUGCAGAGGAGGAAAGAGCAAGGCAGUGCUCACCACUGAGACCCCAAACCACCUAUCCCCAGAGGAUGUCCCUGAAGAAACCACCCCAGAGAGAUCAUAGGAGGAAGAAGUCCUGAACAGUGGAAGUUUGGGCCGAGAGGUGUAAAACAUGGGGAUUGUCUGGCCAAGACUGACUUUGAGAGCCAGAGAGCCAUGGGUUUGGACAUGACUGCUGUAAAGAGGUGUCAUAUUUUCAUUGUGCAAUUCCACACAUCCUCACCUACCAUGUUACACCAAUAUUAAAUGUCAACUGAUAUUUGCCAAGUAAAACAAAGAGUUGGGUUAAGGGAUGCUCUCUUACCUUACAUCUUGGGUCAGUGUGCCAGGUACCGAGCCGAUUACAUGGAUGUUUAAUUUUAAAAGUAAAUUCACAAUCUAAAUGUAAACUGAUUACCUAAUCAGGUCUUCAUUUAUUGAGUAAUUGGUUCAACACAGCAAGUUUUUCUGAGACCUUCCCAUGUGCCAGGUACUGUGUGAAUGGAUCUCUUCUUUCAUGUUUCUUAGUCUGGUUUGAGAGAUAGAAAUAAAUAAAACAGCAUUAGAACAACUAA